AUGGACACCAACAUCAUGAACAUUGCUGCCCCAUGCAAGUCCAUCACAAACGACGUAGGCCACCCUCCACUCAAUGGAUCAAAUUCCAUUCAAAACUCCUCCUCCUACCCUUUCAUCUUAGGACCUACCAACUCCACUCUCGGCCGCCACAUCGCACGGCGGCUCAUCCAGAUCGGCGUCACCGACGUGUUCUCUGUCCCCGGAGACUUCAAUCUGACUUUACUUGAUCAUCUCAUUGCCGAACCUGAGCUCAACGUCAUAGGCUGCUGCAAUGAGAUGAACGCUGGUUAUGGUGUAGAUGGCUAUGCUAGGUCCCGAGGUGUCGGUGCUUGUGUUGUCACGUUCACUGUUGGUGGCCUCAGCAUCAUCAACGCCAUAGCUGGUGCUUAUAGUGAGGACCUUCCUGUCAUUUGUAUCGUCGGCGGUCCGAAUUCCAAUGAUUAUGGAACCAAUAGAAUUCUCCACCACACCAUUGGCUUGCCUGAUUUUACCCAAGAGCUCCGUUGCUUUCAAGCUGUUACUUGCCAUCAGGCUAUUGUGAACAAUUUGGAAGAUGCAAGUGAGCAGAUUGACACAGCUAUUUCAACCGCCUUACAAGAAAGCAAGCCUGUUUACAUUAGUAUAAGCUGCAAUUUGUCUGGAAUACCCCAUUCUAGUUUCCUUGAGGAGCCAAUCCCAUUUUUCUUGACCCCCAAAUUGACAAAUCAGAUGGGCCUAGAAAUUGCAGUGGAGGCAACAGCAGAGUUCUUGAACAGAGCAGUGAAACCUGUCCUAGUAGGAGGACCAAAACUCAGAGUUGCAAAGGCUUCAGAAGCAUUCAUUGAGCUAGCCAAUUGCUGUGGCUAUCCAAUCGCAGUGAUGCCUUCAGCUAAAGGGCUUGUUCCAGAGCACCACAAAAGAUUCAUUGGCACAUACUGGGGAGCUGUGAGCACUCCUUUCUGCGCUGAGAUUGUGGAAUCCGCGGACGCUUACCUCUUUACCGGACCCAUUUUCAAUGAUUAUAGUUCAGUGGGAUACUCACUCCUACUGAAGAAGGAGAAGGCAGUGAUUGUUCAACCUCAUAGAGUGAUAAUUGGGAAUGGUCCAACUUUUGAAUGCAUUCUUAUGAAGGACUUUUUUGAAGCGCUUGGACCAAGGCUUAGAAACAACACUACAGCUUAUGAGAAUUACCAUAGAAUAUAUGUCCCAGCUGGAGUUCCUCCAAAAUCUGAUCCCAAAGAGGCAUUGAGGGUUAAUGUUCUAUUCAAACAUAUUCAAGAAAUGUUGUCUAGUAAUACUACUGUGAUUGCUGAGACAGGGGAUUCCUGGUUUAAUUGCCAGAAGCUGAAAUUGCCAGAAGGCUGUGGGUAUGAGUUUCAAAUGCAGUAUGGAUCAAUUGGAUGGUCAGUUGGUGCAACUCUUGGGUACGCACAAGCUGCACCAAAUAAGCGAGUUAUUUCUUGCAUCGGUGAUGGGAGCUUCCAAAUGACAGCGCAAGAUGUGUCGACAAUGCUUCGAUGCGGCCAAAGUAGCAUUAUAUUUCUAAUCAACAAUGGUGGAUACACCAUAGAAGUAGAGAUCCAUGAUGGGCCUUAUAAUGUCAUUAAGAACUGGAACUACACUGCUUUGGUUGACGCAAUUCACAAUGGUCAAGGCAAAUGUUGGACGACUAAGGUAACUAGCGAAGAGGAACUUGUAGCAGCAAUUGAGACAGCAAAGGGUGAAAAGAUGGAUUGCUUGUGCUUUAUAGAGGUGAUUGUACACAAGGACGAUACUAGCAAAGAGUUGCUGGAGUGGGGUUCAAGGGUAUCCGCGGCUAAUAAUCGCCCGCCUAACCAUGAUUAGACAAUAAUAUCUUCCUAAAUAAUAUAUAUACAUAUAAG